AUGCAACGCACUCGGCCAAAACCACUAGCAUCCACAGGACGACGCGACUCUCCCCGUUCAGGAUCGCCACGGCCUUUAACCCCCGACACCCCAGCCUCUUCGGACACGCCAUCUAGCGUGCGCACCAGCAUUCGAGUGUCGCGCGCUCCUAGCCCUACGUUCGCUGAGCUUGCUCGUGCACGUCCAGGUCGAGAGCGUGACGACAACGACGCUCUGGCAGACUCUGGAGAUGAAAGUGACCUCGACCUCUCGCUUCCUCCGCUAAACGCGGCGCUGCGUUCGCGCGUCAUUCCGUCAUCGUCCAGGCUCCUUGUCAAGAUGACGCAGCCGCCAGGUGUGGGAGCAACCUACGACAAGGACGAUCGCGACGGCCUUGGAUGGAGUGGCAGCGAGUCCGAGGAGGAAGAGUUUUCGCGCACAGUUGCCCGCAUAGCAAGACGCAAGAGCACCGUUCCCGUCCCGCGUCACCUGUCCAAGCGCCCAUCUUUACCAGCGGGUUAUCUUCAUCGGCAUUCCGACUUUUACAGUACCAUGGCCUCCAACCAAACAUCUCCCUCCACCGGCUCCGAGUCGCAGAUUGGCGGCCCGCCGACGCCGACGAUCGGCGAGCGCCCGUCAACGUCACUUGGCACUUCACGUCCCAACCACGGCACUGCGGCGCUUUUAUCGGCCCUCGUGGAGCAAAAGUACGCGUCGCGCGACGCGCUCCCGCGCCCCAAGCGCUUUGUGCAUGGCUGGGGUGCUCCCGAGGUGCUGCUUGAGGAUGACUGGCCGCCCGACAACCUCGCGUCGGACAACAUGUCCAUGUCCGACGAGCACAUGAGUUCUACGACCAACGUGACGACCCCAACGAUGACCAAGCAGGCUGUGCCUGCUGCUUCCACUAGGCGUCUGCCGCGGCCCCUGGGGGCUGCGUGGUAG